CGGGGGUCCAGGGGCGCGGGCAGCGGCGGGGUGGGGACGCGAGUGCCCGCCCCGCGCCCUCCGACCCCGCUCUGGGCGCCGAGUGGCAUUCGCCCGCCGGCCGAACGUGGUUGGUGCACAGCCGUGGCCGCCACUUCCUUUCCGCCUCGCCGGCCGGGCUCGCCCACCGAGCGCUGCCCGCCGCGGCCAGUCGUGGCGCCCGCCCGCCUGCGGCCGCGCUCAGUGCCCCGGCCUGGGGCCGGUCCCCGAGGGGGGCUCGGGAAGCCCCCGCAAGUUCGGAGGGCCUCUGCGUGUAACUACAGCCCUUCGCCAGGACGCGCCGGCAUCUGUCUUUGGCCCCAGGUCUCGGGUACCAUGCCGGUGGAAAGGAUGCGGAUGCGCCCGUGGCUGGAGGAACAGAUUAACUCGAAUACGAUACCAGGGCUAAAGUGGCUUAAUAAGGAAAAGAAGAUUUUCCAGAUCCCCUGGAUGCACGCGGCUAGACAUGGGUGGGAUGUGGAAAAAGAUGCACCACUCUUUAGGAACUGGGCAAUCCAUACAGGAAAGCAUCAACCAGGAGUAGAUAAACCUGAUCCAAAAACAUGGAAGGCGAAUUUUCGAUGUGCCAUGAACUCCUUGCCCGACAUUGAAGAAGUCAAGGAUAAAAGUAUAAAGAAGGGAAACAAUGCAUUCAGAGUGUACCGGAUGUUGCCCUUAUCUGAGCGACCUUCUAAGAAAGGAAAGAAACCAAAGACAGAAAAAGAAGACAGAGUUAAGCACAUCAAGCAAGAACCAGUUGAGUCAUCUUUGGGGCUUAGUAAUGGAGUAAGUGAUCUUUCUCCUGAGUAUGCCGUCCUGACUUCAGCUAUAAAAAAUGAAGUGGAUAGUACGGUGAACAUCAUAGGACAGUCCCAUCUGGACAGCAACAUCGAGGAUCAAGAGAUUGUCACUAACCCUCCGGACAUCUGCCAAGUUGUAGAGGUGACCACUGAGAGUGACGAACAGCCGGUCAGCAUGAGUGAGCUCUACCCUCUGCAGAUUUCCCCCGUGUCUUCCUAUGCAGAAAGCGAAACCACCGAUAGCGUGCCCAGUGACGAAGAGAGCGUCGAGGGACGACCACACUGGCGGAAGAGGAAUAUUGAAGGCAAACAGUACCUCAGCAACAUGGGGACGCGAAGCACCUACCUGCUGCCCAGCAUGGCGACCUUCGUUACUUCCAACAAACCCGACCUCCAGGUCACCAUCAAAGAGGAGAGCUGUCCGGUGCCUUACAACAGCUCGUGGCCCACUUUACCAGACCUGCCCCUCCCUCCCUCCGUGACCCCAGCGCCCAGCAGCAGUCGGCCGGACCGGGAGACUCGGGCCAGCGUCAUCAAGAAAACAUCCGAUAUCACCCAGGCCCGUGUCAAGAGCUGUUAAGCCUUCGACUUCCCCUGGUGGUUGUUGGGAUUUCUUGGCUUUGUUUUAUUGUUUGUUUGUAUUUUAUUUUUUCUCUCUGACACCUGUUUUAGACAAAUCUAAGGGAAAAAGCCUUGACAAUAGAACACUGAUUGCUGUGUCCAACUCCAGUACUGGAGCUUCUUUUUAACUCAGGACUCCAGCCCAUUGGUAGACGCGUAUCUCUAGAGCCUGCUGGAUCUCCCAGGGCUGCUCCCUCAAGUUCAAGGACGUCAUAGGACCAACACUCACACGGGCAGCGAGGUGCUGCAUUGCCUGUGGUCAAGGCCAGCAUGGUGGAGUGGAUGCCUCAGAACGGAUGAGAAAAUGUGAACUAGCUGGAAUUUUUUAUUCUUGUGAAUAUGUACAUAGGGCAGUACUAGCGACGUUGCAGUCUGCUUCUGCACCUUAUCUUAAAGCACUUACAGAUAGACCUUCUUCUUGUGAUCUUGCUCUAUUUCUCAGCACAUUCAGCGCCCCCCACCAACCCCUUCGCGGCCCUUUGUCCCGCUUCCCGGCCCAUCCCAUCCAGUUCCUUUCCUCCUUUUCCUCCCCGCAAAGGCUGUGUUCCACAUCCCUGAGGAGAAGAAGAAAAUGAACUUCUCCACAGAUGUCCCAUUUUUAAGACUGCUUUAAAAAAAAAAGAAAGAAAGAAAAAAGAAAAUCUAAUCUGCUGUGCUUGAAUGCCACGCGGUACAAAGGAAAACUUAUCAUGGAGAUAUUAUACAAAUUCCCAGAUUUGAAGACAAAAAUAUUCUAAUUCUAACCAGAGCAAGCUUUUUUAUUUUUUAUACAGGGGAAUAUUUUAUUCAAGGUAAAAUUCUAAAGAAAAUAUAAUUGUUUUUUAUCUUUUCUACAGCAAAUUUAUAAUUUUAAGAUUCCUUUUCUUGUUUAUCAGCAGUUGUUAUUACAUCCUUGUGGCACAUUUUUUUUAAUUUUGUAAAGGUGAAAAAGCUUUUAUGAGCUCAUGUAGCAAUCAAAUUAUCCUGUGGAUUGAUAAUAAAUGAAUAUGAUAUAUAGUUAAA